AUGUUCGCCAUAUUUUUUGUGACUAUUUUUCUGGUAAUUACCACGAAAACAACAUCAUCUACAAUAACAGAUCCGAUACCAUUUGGACCGGAAAGAUUAAAUGAUUUUUUCUUUGUUAAUAAUGGUACUAUAUUUCAUCAAUUUAAUCAUGGUGCCUAUGGUGGUACACCAAAAGUUGUUGUUGAAUCCCAAUAUAGAUAUGUUGAACAAAUGGAAUCAUCGAUCAGUAAAUGGAUGAAUGGUGCAACAGGAUAUCGUCAAUGUAUAACAUUAGCAAAACAACAAUUAGCAGAAAUGAUGCAUAUUAAAAAUGCAUCCGAUACUGUAUUAGUCGAUAAUGCUAGUGAAGGAAUAAAUGAUAUUAUAAGAAAUUUAGAUCCACCAUUAGGACCAUCCGAUUAUAUUUUAGAUUUAUCUAUUGCUUAUGGUCCAUUUAAAGGUUUAUAUCAAUGGUUAGGUUCACGUUAUGGUGUUAAAGUAUUAGAAGUACCAAUUCAAUGGCCAGUCACUGGUCCAGAAUCAUUCAUUAAUCCAAUCACUAGUGCAUUAGAAGCUAAUGCUUCUACAAUAAAUAUUCGUAUUGCUAUAUUUAGUCAUGUUUCUGCAUAUCCAGCUGUAAUAUUACCUGUAAAUGAAUUAGUAGAAUUAUUUCAUAAAUAUAAUAUUCCAGUAAUUGUUGAUGGAGCACAUGCACUUGGAAAUAUUGAAAUUAAUAUUGAAAAUAUGUCAAAUGUUGAUUAUUAUUUUACAAAUACACAUAAAUGGUUAUAUUCAAGUAAAAGUAGUGCUUUACUUUAUGUUCGACAUGAUCAUCAACAUUUAUAUGUACCAGCACCAGCUGUUGUUGAUUCAGCAAUGAUUGAAGAUUUUGAAUCAAGAUUUAUAUGGACAGGUACACGUGAUCGUACACCAUAUUGUGCUAUUUUAUCAGCAUUAGAUUAUCGACAAUCAUUAGGUGGUGAAGAACGUAUUAUGAAUUAUAAUCAUGAUUUAGCACAAUAUGGUGGUCGAUAUUUAUCACGUCUAUGGAAAACAAAAAUAUUAUCACCUGAAAAUAUGCAAAGUUCUAUGACAAAUAUACAAGUACCAACAAAUAAUUUUACACAAUGUCAAAUUAUUGUUAGUCAAUUGUAUAAUACAUAUAAUACAAUGGUUAGUGGAGCCAGCUAUAUUAUUCCUGAACUUGGUAAUAUUCCAUGUUAUUUACGAUUAUCAGCACAGAUUUAUCAAGAACAAAAUGAUUGGCAUGUAUUAGGUGCACUAGUAUUGAAAUUAUUGACACUAUAA